AUGCCACAACCGACGGAAGAAAUGUGGAAAACUAUUGCCUCGAGAUACAAAGAAAUGUGGAAUUUUCCGAACUGCAUUGGUGCUAUUGACGGCAAGCACAUUAAUAUUCAGUGUCCGAUCAAUGCUGGAUCCACAUACUAUAAUUAUAAAGGCAGUCAUUCCAUUGUACUUCUAGCUUUAGUUGAUGCUGAUUAUAAAUUCAUUGCGAUUGACGUGGGAGCGUAUGGAAGAAACAGCGAUGGCGGUAUUUUGUCUAAUUCAAUAAUUGGAAAAAAACUACAAAGCAAGACGUUCAAUAUUCCAGAACCAGCCCCCAUAAUACAAAAUGGACAACCACAGCCAUAUGUCAUUGUUGGCGACGAAGCGUUUCCAUUGAAAACCUAUCUACUUCGUCCAUAUAGCAGAAGUUAUUUAGAGGACAACGAACCCAACAAAAUAUUUAACUACAGAUUGUCACGGGCCAGGCGUGUUGUGGAGAAUGCUUUUGGAAUCCUAGCUGCACGCUGGAGAUGUUUUCGAGGACCCUUAGAAAUUCAACCAGAAUUUGUUGAUAAAGUUGUACUCGCAUCAUGCUGCCUUCAUAACAUGUUGUGUGCAGAUAAUGCGUUUGAACCAGACACUGAAUCACUUCAACUUCCAGAAUCAGCUCUAUUAAAUGUAGAUUCAUUAAGAAGAAAUAGCACGCGCGAAGCAUUUCAAGUACGAGACUAUUUUAAAGAAUAUUUUAAUUCAAAUGUUGGCAGUUUAGUUUGGCAAAUUGAGAGUGUUCGUAAGGGAAAAAAACAAACAUAA